AAACUCUCUUAUCUAUCGCUAAAGGAAACUAAUCCACAAGAAAGGACAAAUGGAGGUACAUGAAUGGUCCGUGUUGCUUUGAGAUUUACUCAUAAUUCUCUAACAACUCCUUACUCCUCAAACUAAUCAUCAUAUUUAACUACUGCUAAUUCCUCUAAAUUUACGAGUGGGGAAUUCUUUUACAUAUAUAGUUCUAGGUCCCCUCCAUUUAAGGCACUGUUUGGGCAAACAUUGUUAUUGCUCGGGGGAUGGAAGUUUCGAGUCUUCAAAAGUUGGUGAAGACGGCACCAUCUAAAGCAUUGGUAAUCAGAAUCAACUUGGUGUGUCUUGCCAUCUUUCUGGUCCUUUAUGCAACCCUUCUUCUCCGUCCUUCUUCUUCCGUUUAUUUCGACAAUGCAGCCUCCCUUGUUAGGUGCUCCUUGCGUGAAUGCCAUCACAAGGGAGAAAAAAGCAUAAAAAUGAAAGCAAAAUUGGAGGAACCUCAAGCGAAAUCAAGGGGGUUAAAGAAGAUAAACGCGACAAAGAUAGAGGUGCCAAGCUUCUUUGGUGAAAUGGGGAGAGGAAUGAAGAUGGGCAUAGUGAACAUGCAUGAAGAUGAUGUGAGCGAAUGGAGCAUGCAUGGAGAAACAACACACGUUUAUUUUGAGAGGGUAUCAACCCUUUUCAAUUGGACAGAUAUAUUUCCCGAAUGGAUAGAUGAGGAGGAAGAGAGUGAUGUUCCAUCAUGCCCUGAGAUACCAAUGCCAGAGUUUGGAGCAUAUGAAAGUGUGGAUGUAAUUGUGGCUAAGUUGCCAUGCAAUUACCCUGAAGAAGGGUGGGGAAGGGAUGUGUUCAGGUUACAAGUUCAUCUAAUUGUUGCAAAUUUGGCUGUGAAAAAAGGGAAGAAGGAUUGGAAUUGGAAGAUUAAAGUGAUUUUUUGGAGCAAGUGUAGACCAAUGCUUGAGUUGUUUCGAUGUGAUGACUUGGUUAAGCAAGAAGGUGAGUGGUGGUAUUAUGAGUCUGAUGUGAAGUGGUUAGAAAAGAAGGUUUCUUUGCCUGUUGGGUCCUGUAAUUUAGCUCUGCCUCUAUGGGAACAAGGGAUCGACGAGGUGUACGACACGUCGAAGAUCGAACGCAUAGUGACAAGCGAAGCGAGGGCGAAACGCGAAGCGUACGCGACAGUGCUUCACUCUUCGGAAAGCUACGUUUGCGGCGCAAUAACGCUAGCACAAACCCUCCUCCAAACGGGAACCAAACGCGACCUAAUCCUCCUCCUCGACAACUCCAUCUCAGCCCCCAAACGCCAGGCCCUCGAACUCUCCGGCUGGAAGAUCCGAACCAUAACCCGAAUCCGAAACCCGAAAGCCGAAAACGGAACUUACAACGAAUACAACUACAGCAAGUUCCGCCUCUGGCAACUCACCGACUACGAUAAAAUCAUUUUCAUCGACGCCGACAUCAUUGUCCUCCGAAACCUCGACAUUCUCUUCCACUUCCCUCAAAUGUCGGCGACCGGUAACGACCAAUCCAUCUUCAACUCCGGCAUAAUGGUCAUCGAGCCCUCCAAUUGCACCUUCAACGUCCUCAUGGAGCGUCGCCACGACGUCGUUUCCUACAACGGUGGCGACCAAGGGUUCCUAAACGAGAUCUUCGUGUGGUGGCACAGGUUUCCGAGGCGCGUGAACUAUUUGAAGAAUUUCUGGGCCAACACGACGCUUGAGGCGAGUGUGAAGAACGCGCUGUUUGGCGCGGAGCCUCCUAAGUUGUACGCUAUUCAUUACUUGGGUUUGAAACCGUGGCAUUGUUAUAGGGACUAUGAUUGUAAUUGGGACGUGCAGGAUCAAAGGGUUUACGCGAGUGACGUGGCGCAUCAACGGUGGUGGAAGGUGCAUGAUGGAAUGGAUGAGAGGUUGCAACGAUUGUGUAGAUUGACCAGAACGCGUAGAACUGAGUUGAACUGGGAAAGAAGAAAGGCCGGGAAAUUGGGAUUGCCUGAUAUGCAUUGGAAAAUCAAUGUUACUGAUCCUAGAAGAUCUGGUUCUCUUUUGAUGGAUUAAUUAAUUAGGUUUUAGUUUAUACCACUCCUUUUUCUUUGUUUUGCAAAUUUUUGUUUGUUUUAUUUUUUUAAUGUACCUACUUGGUACGUACAGAGAAACUUUUUUUUUUCAUGCAGUUUAUUUAUUGAGAAAUUUGUGUGAAUAGG